CUACAAUGUUGCCAAAUGAACAAGAUGCUUCGAGCAGAAAAAACGAAAGCGUUUUCGAUAUUGUCAUUGUUGGAGGUGGAAUUACAGGAAGCAGCUUAGCGUGCACUUUGGUAUCAUCCGAUAUAACACAAUCCCAACGUGUUGCCCUUGUCGAAUUCAGUGAUGUAUCUCAUCUAAAAGAAUGGAAACCACCAAAAAAUGAAUUUUCGAAUCGUGUCGGAGCUGAUGGACUUAACUCAGUUGUUCGUUCCUUCACCAACAUUGAAUCAUUAGGUUGGGAUUAUAACGCACAUGCAAUCGUGGCUACUUUGCACGUAGAUCCUCUUAUCGAAAAUGCAACUGCAUGGCAAAGAUUUCUACCAACGGGUUCGGUUGCAAUGUUGCCGUUGGAAAAUGAUAGUUUUAAUAUUGGUGAUGAGUUUGAGUGGAGACACAACGUCGAAUCUAGAGAAGCAAAAUCUAGAUUACCGCCACUUGUUUUGGGUGUUCAGAAGAAAAGCCGCGCCAUGUUUCCAUUACGGAUGAGAAACUCUGAAAGUUAUGUUAAAGAGCGAGUUGUGCUCGUAGGGGAUGCUGCGCAUACAAUUCAUCCUCUUGCUGGGCAGGGGUUAAAUCAAGGAUUAGAAGAUGUGCAAUGCUUGGCAAAAGUAAUUGAACAUGGAAUAAUUACUGGUCAAGACAUAGAUUAUUCAUCUGCAAGAUAUUUCUCUAAUGUAUUAAUGCUUGGAGCUGUCGACAAAUUGCACAAGUUGUUUGGAACAAAAUUGGCACCCAUAGUUCUGGCCAGGUCACUGGGAUUGCGAAUUGUUAAUAAUAUUGAACCCCUUAAG